CCAAUGAAGCCCCCCGUUAUAUAAACACCCCCCCGGCCUCGCUAAUCGCAUCGCAAUCUCGAGUAGCCGUCCCAAUCCUCGAUCUGUUCUCAGACCCUCCUCCGUCCGUCGCAGCUCCAGAUUUCCUUCCCCAUGGCUCCGAUCAAGAUCGGUAUCAACGGUUUCGGCCGGAUCGGCAGGCUUGUGGCCAGGGUUGCGCUCCAGAGCCCCGAUGUCGAGCUCGUCGCCGUCAACGACCCCUUCAUCACCACCGACUACAUGACCUACAUGUUCAAGUAUGACACUGUCCACGGACAGUGGAAGCACCAUGAAGUUGAGGUGAAGGACUCCAAGACCCUUCUCUUCGGUGAGAAGGAGGUUGCUGUGUUUGGCUGCAGGAACCCUGAGGAGAUCCCAUGGGCUGCUGCUGGUGCUGAGUACGUUGUUGAGUCCACCGGUGUUUUCACCGACAAGGACAAGGCUGCAGCUCACAUUAAGGGUGGUGCCAAGAAGGUCAUCAUUUCUGCUCCCAGCAAGGAUGCUCCCAUGUUUGUCUGUGGUGUCAAUGAGAAGGAAUACAAGUCUGACAUCGACAUUGUCUCCAACGCUAGCUGCACCACUAACUGCCUUGCUCCUCUUGCUAAGGUUAUCAAUGACAGGUUUGGCAUCGUUGAGGGUUUGAUGACCACAGUUCAUGCCAUGACUGCAACCCAGAAGACUGUUGAUGGUCCUUCCAGCAAGGACUGGAGAGGUGGAAGGGCUGCCAGCUUCAACAUCAUUCCAAGCAGCACUGGUGCCGCAAAGGCUGUUGGCAAGGUGCUCCCAGAGCUUAACGGAAAGUUGACUGGAAUGGCCUUCCGUGUUCCCACUGUUGAUGUUUCUGUUGUUGAUCUGACUGUUAGACUUGCGAAGCCAGCAACCUAUGAUCAGAUUAAGGCUGCUAUCAAGGAGGAGUCUGAGGGAAACCUCAAGGGCAUUUUGGGUUACGUUGAUGAGGACCUUGUUUCCACUGACUUCCAGGGUGACAACAGGUCCAGCAUCUUCGAUGCCAAGGCCGGGAUUGCUCUGAACGACAACUUUGUCAAGCUUGUCUCCUGGUACGACAACGAGUGGGGAUACAGCACCCGCGUGGUCGACCUCAUCCGUCACAUGCACAGCACCAAGUAAAUGAGAGGCAUGAAGAUACAGGGGAGAGUGGUUUGCCCCAGAGGAGUGUUCAAAGCCUCUUCUUCUGAGAAUAAAUUUUUGUAUGGAAUUAUGUCAGCUAAAAACCUUUUAUUGGAUGUAUCCUGAUGGUUGGUUGGGCUUAGCGGCUCACAUUUUGGUGGUAUUAUGUACUUGCUUGAACUAAAUCAUGAGUCAUUUUCACUCAUCUUCUUUGGUUAUCCAUCA